AGUUUCUAAAAGUUGCAGUAAUUUAAAGCAAGACCAAUUGCUGUAUUUUAUUCCAAGAUCAAUUUGGUUCAUAAAUGACGCAGAUAGGACAAACCAGUUGUACAAUAUUUUCUGAGGAAUUGAAUAGAAACAGACAGGACAUAACUCGGAAAUAACGCUCUGUGUCAUUUGAAAGAAAGUGCUUUUCGUCAUUUGCAAGACUCGUGUCGCAGCCGCAGUCGAUGCUGUUCGCCGCCCGCCGCCUCUGUCCGCCGCUGCUCCUCGCCGGGGCCUCCAAGAUGGCCGCGCCCAGACCCAGCUCCAACAUGGCCGCCUUCAGGGAGACACUGGCCUCGGCCAAACAUGUGGUGGUGCUCACAGGUGACCUCUGGUGACCUCCCGCUGACCGCGUCUUCAGGCGCGGGCGUGUCGGCAGAGUCCGGCGUGCCCACGUUCCGCGGCGCUGGUGGCUGGUGGCGGCGGUACCAGGCGCAGAACCUGGCCACGCCGGGCGCGUUCCGCGAGCAGCCCUCGCUCGUCUGGGAAUUCUACCACUACCGGCGCCACAACAUGGCCUCCAAGCAGCCCAACAAGGCGCACGAGGCGAUCGCGUCGCUACAGCAGCGUUGGACGGCGGCCGGCCGCCGGUGUCGCGUCAUCACACAGAACAUUGAUGGUCUGCACCAGCGCGCCGGAUCUCAGGACGUGCUCGAGCUGCACGGCACGCUGUUCAAAACACGCUGCACGCGCUGCCGGCACGUCGAGGAGAACAGGGAUGACCCCAUCUGUCCGGCGCUGGCCGGUACUGGCGCACCGGACCCGAACACUCCGAGCGCGCACAUCCCUGUGAAGGACCUGCCGCGCUGCCGGCAGCCCGGCUGCGGCGGCCUGCUGCGGCCCCACGUCGUCUGGUUCGGGGAGAACCUCGACGCAGAGGUGCUCGAUCAGGCCGAAGCCGAGCUGGAGGCGUGUGAUCUGUGUCUGGUGGUGGGCACCUCGUCCGUCGUCUACCCAGCGGCCAUGUUCGCUCCCAGCGUGGCAGAGCGAGGCGUGCCUGUGGCAGAGUUCAACCUGGAGCCCACGCCGAAAACCGCGGAGUUCGGGUUCCAUUUUACGGGUCCCUGUGGCGAGAUCUUGCCGGAGGCACUGGCGCCAUGAGGAGACGUCGGGCUCUUAUAUCCUUUGAGCCUCUCUUGGGCUGGCGACAUACAGCUAAUGUGAUAAAGCUUUGUUAGAGCUGUGUGCUUGUGUGGAUCUAAUUAAUAGCUAGUAUGAUACAGCUGUACUCCAUAGGUGAGCAAGAUUUUGUAGAACAAGAUUUUAUUUUGAACUUGUAUCGACUGAAACAGCGUAUUUUGAAGUGUAAUCGUGCAGCAUUUGACGAUAGCAUUGCUGUGUAUUUUAUGUCUUUAUGUUCGGCGAUUGGAGCUUUAUAGCGGGUAUUACGGUGAUGGCAGCGUGAUAAAUAUAUUGCCAGGAAGUCGG